CGGCAGCCACAGGGGAGCACCGCAGACCUCUGGGCUGAGGCCGGAGCGGAGCGGCCGAGGCCUGGCUGGUGCGGGGUCCGGGCAGCCUCGGGGCCCGCCUCCCUGCGCUGUGCACGGGGUCCUGGCGGGAGGCCCGCGCCCCGGAAGGCCCCUUGGAGAGCCUCGGUGCAGGGCUGGUUCCUCGGAGAGGACCUGAGGCCCCGCGGGCGGGCGGCUGGCGAUGGUGCGGAGCCGGCUCGGACCCGGAGGCCCCUGAGCCAUGUCUCUCCCCGACGGCAGGGACCCCGAGCGCCAUGUCCGGGUGAAGCAGCGGGGCUCGGUGCUGAACAUGCUGAGGAGGCUGGACAAGAUCAGGUUCAGAGGUCACAAGCGAGACGAUUUCCUCGACCUGGCGGAGUCUCCCAACGCCUCGGACACCGAAUGCGGCGACGACGUGCCCCUCAGAGUGCCUCGGACCUCGCCCCGGGACAGCGAGGAGCUGCGGGACCCUGCCGGUCCGGGGACCCUCAUCAUGGCCGCGGGAGUCCAUGACUUCAACCGGACGGAGUCCGACCGGCUGAACGAGAUCAAAGGCCACCUGGAAAUCGCCUUGCUGGAGAAGCACUUCCUGCAGGAGGAGCUCCGGAAGCUGCGGGAGGAGACCAACGCCGAGAUGCUGCGGCAGGAGCUGGACCGCGAGCGGCAGCGGCGCAUCGAGCUGGAGCAGAAGGUGCAGGAAGUGCUGAAAGCCAGGACCGAGGAGCAGGCGGCCCAGCAGCCUCCGAGGAGCCAGGCCCCGGUCGCUAACGGAGCAGGAGCAGGCGCAGACCGGCGGGGCCAGGGCCUGUGCCCCCGCCUGCAGAAGUGGUUCCACGAGAAGUUCGGGGAGUACGUGGAGGACUUCCGGUUCCAGCCCGAGGAGAGCGCCGUGGAGACGGAGGAGCCCCUCAGCGCCCGCAGGCUGACCGAGAACAUGCGGCGACUGAAGCGCGGCGCCAAGCCGGUGACCAGCUUCGUGAAGAACCUGUCCGCCCUGUCCGACUGGCACUCCGUCUACACGUCCGCCAUCGCCUUCACCGUCUACAUGAACGCCGUGUGGCACGGCUGGGCCAUCCCCAUGUUCCUGUUCCUGGCGAUCCUGCGGCUGUCCCUCAAUUACCUCAUAGCCAGGGGCUGGAGGAUACAGUGGAGCAUCGUGCCCGAGGUGUCCGAAGUGGUGGAGCUGCCGAAGGAGGACCUGACCGUGUCCGAGAAGUUCCAGCUGGUGCUGGACGUGGCCCAGAAGGCGCAGAACCUCUUCGGGAAGAUGGCCGACAUCCUGGAGAAGAUCAAGAACCUCUUCAUGUGGGUGCAGCCUGAGACCACGCAGAAGCUGUACGUGGCGCUGUGGGCCGCCUUCCUGGCCUCCUGCUGCUUCCCCUACCGCCUGGUGGGGCUCGCCGUGGGACUCUAUGCCGGCAUCAAGUUCUUCCUCAUCGACUUCGUCUUCAAACGCUGCCCGCGGCUGCGAGCCAAGUACGACACCCCCUACAUCAUCUGGACGAGCCUGCCCACCGACCCGCAGCUCAAGGAGCGCUCCAGCGCUGCCGCCAUGUCCCGCAGGCUGCAGACGGCGUCCGCGAGGAGCUACGUGGCCAGCGCGCCCGCGGGCCUGGGCCGGGACGAGGACGCCGGCCGCCUGCACAGCACCAAGAAGGGCAACUUCCACGAGAUCUUCAACCUGGCGGAGACCGAGCGGCCGCUGGCGGUGUGUGAGAACGGCUGGCGCUGCUGCCUCAUCAACCGCGACCGGAAGAUGCCCACGGACUACAUCCGGAACGGGGUGCUGUACGUGACGGAGAACUACUUGUGCUUCGAGAGCUCCAAGUCCGGCUCCUCCAAAAGGAACAAGGUCAUCCGGCUGAUGGACAUCACCGACAUCCAGAAGUACAAGGUCCUGUCUGUCCUCCCGGGGUCGGGCAUGGGCAUCGCCGUGACGACGCCAUCGACCCAGAAGCCGCUGGUGUUCGGCGCCAUGGUGCACAGGGACGAGGCCUUCGAGACCAUCUUCAGCCAGUACCUGAAGAUCACCGCGGGCGCAGCCUCAGGCAGUGACAGCUAGCGCUCCCGGCCUGGGGCGUGAUUGACAGACAGCUAGCCCUCCCCGGCCUGGGGUGUGAUUGACAGCUAGCCCUCCCCGGCCUGGGGUGUGAUUGACAGCUAACCCCCCCAGCCUGGGGCGUGAUUGACAGCGUGGCAGGAAAACAGUCGGACAUCUCGUGACCUUUGCAAUAACCCCUGGACCUGUGGCUCCUGUCGUGUGGACCUGCAAUCACGGACCCUGCAGGGGCCGGUCGCUCGGACGGUGCCAGCCGCCUGCGGGCCAGGGACCUCGGAGGCCGGGGAGGAAGACACGCAGGAGGCGCUGUCCGCCCGCCAAGCACACGGCUCCUCUGCCCGGGACGUGUGGCACGCCCGCAGCGGCUCCCAGCGCGUUCCACCAAAGCCAUAGCUGCAGGGCGCCGGGGACAGCGGAGCCCCGACCGGCCUGCACCCAGCCCUGCCAUGGCCCCGAGAGCCAGGGCUUGUGUGGGCCGCAGGCUGUGGGGCCAUGAGCCUCGGCCGGGAUUGGCCGGGGUCUGCCCGGCCUCUCGCCCCGGCCUGACCAGCCGGCAGGGGCCUGCGUCCCGCCUGACGGGUGGAGGGGGUGGAGUGGAAGCACAUUUUUUUAACACUUUGCUCUUGGAAGGCCCGGGGCUGAGAUGGACGUGGGCCUGCGUGGCCCCCGGCGUGAGGAGGGGCUGGGGCCGGGCGGGCCCGGCUGUGCAGGCCCUCUGGGCAGUGACCGGGAGCGGAGCCCAGAGGGUGGGCCGGGCCCGCGCCCACACGCACGCACACGCACACGCACACGGAUGGGAGCGAGCCCCCCUCCCAGCUGGUCUGGGCUCACCCACCGAGGAAGCCACGGCCCUGGCGGAGGUGGCCGGCCCAGUGCAUUCUGGGACAGCCGGUGUCCCCACAGGCCUGUGGCUGCUGCA